AUGUGGGGCAAGAAAAGAAUGAGAGGCUGCACCGAUGCUCUCCCCUGUGCAAGAAAACCGAAAACUUUUAAUAGAAGAGGGUAUUUUAGUAAAGCUAUAAUCCAUUAACAUAAUAAAAGUCCCAUCCACCACCAUCACGACAAGGGUCUACAAGGUACGAAGGCGAAGAGCUGCAGCAUCAGAGAAGCAAGCUUCCACUUAUCCCCUCCUCCGGUCUCACCCCAACCUACACCCCAAUAGGGAAGAAACCAUGAGAAGACCCAAUCCCCCACCCUUGGCCGUGGAUGGGAAGGAGACCUUGUCAUCUCUCUCUACGUCUUUCUAGUGUCUUUGUGAUGGCCCAAGUGGACCAGGAUUUAUGUGAGGAGAGAGAAAAAACAAAACAAAAGGGGGAGGUGCGGAGAAAAGGGGAAAGAAGGGGAGGAAGGAAAGGAUAGGGGUCUUCAUGGGUGUAUCUUCCAACCAACCCAUCCACAUCUCUCCGCUCCUCCGGAAAACAAAAAUAGAGAGAGAGAGAGACCAAUGCCAGAAAUGCCCCUCUGCAAGCCCAGGAAAUCUACACCUCCAUCAAAGCUUAAAAAAAAAAAACCUCUCCUUGUUCUCCAAUUCCGGAUUUAUAUGGGCCUCUUUCGGGUUUUGUCUUGGUCAGACCUUCCACACACAGGGAAAGAGAGAAAGAAAGAGAAAACAAGGGGAAGGAACCUUCCCCUUUCUCGCUCUAUCUCUCGCUGCCCGCCUUUAUAUCUCCAUUAUCUCAUCACAAUCUCUUAUUGGCACCACCUCUCAUAAAAGUCUUCUCCUCCGCCUUUUGUCUCUCCAUAUUUCCUUUUUGCUUUCUCUGUUCUGGUUCGGGAGAGAAGGGGGUGAGGAGAAGAUGAUGAGGAAGGGGAGAAAGGUUCCUCUCGUGGAGUCGUCGCCGUCGUCUUCUUCGUACAUGGCCGCUGGGGAGGAGGCCAGGGCCCGGUUCAAGUACCAGGGGUUGUUGCAGGAAUAUGAGGAGCUGGUAAAGGAAACUGAAGCAAAGAAGAAAAAAUUGCAGCGGACCAAGCAGAAGAAACUCAGGCUCUUUGCUGAAGUCAAAUUCUUACGGAGAAAAUACAGGAGUUUGUUAAAAAACCCUUCUCAGGCCACCCUAUAUAGACUCAAGAAGCAAUCCCGCAAAAUGCCGUCAACAUCUGUUUGCAUCUAUGAACAGCCAAACCCAAUUGUCGGAAGUGAAAUACCUGCAAAAGAUAGGAAUCACAGAGUAGCGGAAGCUGCAGCUCCAAGCACUUCUACUGCAAUAGAUUUGAACCAGAUCUCUUUACCGAAUGGUGAAGAAAUGGAGGAGUUUCAGGUGGGGUGGGAGCCCCUGAAAUUGGGGAAAUCAAAGAGGGGUUCAACUGAUGGCGAGGGAGGGGCUAAUGAUCUUAAGCUAUCAAUUUGUAGGGAUGUUGGAAACAAUUCAAACCGGGUGGGUAAGAGGAAAAUUUCAUGGCAAGAUCAGGUAGCUCUCAGGGUUUGAAAUUCUCUGCUAUAUCAUGGGCGGCAAAGUUAGUUCUUGUGCCUUUCCAUCAUCCAUCUCUUAAAAGGCACUUUUUCUCUAUCAAAUUUGGUUUGUAAAGGAGCAACUGAAGGGAUAUUUGUAUUCCCAUUAUACAUGAAACUUAAUAGAGUUGCUGUAGAAAUGAUAGCAUCUUCUCAUUGACAACUACAUUCUCCAACUAUAGUUUGUGCAGAACCAUUUAUUCUUUACCAUUUUAUAAAAACAGGAGAUUUUUUCA